AUGCUGGAGAACCACAAGAAUCUGGUUGCAGUAGGUCGGCUUGCUCAGAACCCUGUCUGGUGACGAGGGAGACACACAAGAGGAAGAAUGGCUGCAGGAUUGCUGACCACCUGGUCACAGGAUUCAGUGACCUUUGAGGAAGUGGCGGUGGAUUUCUCCCAGGAGGAGUGGGCACUUCUGGACCCUACUCAGAAAAUCCUAUACAGAGACGUGAUGCUGGAGAACUACAGGAACCUGGCCUCUGUAGGGUACCCUCUCUGCAAGCACAGUCUGAUCACUGAGGUGGGGCAGGAAGCACUGAGCACAGAGAAGAGAGGAAUGCUCCAAGGUGCCUGUGUAGGCUUGGAUAUUCAGCUGAAAUCAAAAGAUGCAUUUCCUGUACAGAAUGUUCCUAGAGAAAAAACUUGCAAUGACAUAAAGACGGUACCAACUCAACCCAGCAAGAAGCCCUUGGAAUUUGAUCGUUGUGGAAAAUUCUUCAGAAAAAACUGUCACUUGAUGUGUACAAGACAUUGCAAGGGAGAGAAAUGCCACAAAUAUAAGGAUAAUGGGAAAGACCUUGGCCACCCCUCAGUUCCUAGGAGUCAUGUAAGUACUCACAGUGGAGAGAAGACCUUUGAGUUUAAGGAUUGUGGCAAAGCUUUCAUUCAAGAGUCCUCCCUUAGGAAACACUUAAGGACUGUCACAGGAGAGAAACCUCAUGAGUGUAACCAGUGUCUUUUGUCUCUCAGCAUACACUCUUCCUUUCCAGUGUAUGACCAGAUACCUACUGGAGAGAAGCUCUGUGAAUGCAGUAAUUAUAGAGAAAGAGCUUUGCUUAGCACCCACCAAAAACUAUGUACUGUGGAGGAAAGCUCAGAACGUAAUGAGCGUGGGAAAGUGUUCGCUGGCCCCUUGUCCCUUCAGAAAUGUGUGAGACCUCACACUGGAGAGAAGCCUUAUGAAUGCAAUGACUGUGGGAAAGCCUUCAUUUUUCAGUCUUCCCUUAAAAAACAUGUGAGAUCUCACACUGGAGAGAAACCUUAUGAGUGUAAUCACUGCGGAAAGUCCUUCAGCCAGAGCUCCCAUCUUAACGUGCACAGAAGGACUCACACUGGAGAGAAACCCUAUGACUGUAAGGAAUGUGGCAAGGCUUUCACUGUUCCUUCAUCCCUUCAGAAGCACAUGAGAACCCACACCGGAGAGAAACCCUACGAAUGCAGUGACUGUGGGAAGGCCUUCAUUGAUCAGUCAUCCCUUAAGAAACAUACACGAUCUCACACUGGAGAGAAACCUUACGAGUGUAGUCAGUGUGGAAAAUCCUUCAGCACGGGCUCUUACCUCAUUGUGCACAAGAGAACUCACACUGGAGAGAAAACCUAUGAGUGUAAAGAAUGUGGGAAGGCCUUUAGGAAUUCCUCUUGCCUGAGGGUGCAUGUGAGAACUCACACAGGAGAGAAGCCCUAUAAAUGUACUCAGUGUGGAAAAGCAUUCAGCACCAGCACUAACCUUAUAAUGCACAAGCGAAUACACACUGGGCCGAAAGUAUGA